AAUCAAUUCUCAUUUAGCUUCGGAACCCGUAGAUAAGAGGGAGUCUUCAUCAUGCGUGUAUCUUUUAUCUUACUAGUAGCGGUUGUAGGCCUUAUUCAUUGUGACUGUAAAAAGAUUCAGAAAACACCAAGAAGAUACGACCGUGAUGUUGUCCACAUUGAUUCUGACUAUCAUUAUAAAGAGCUUGGUUUCAGCGCGGGAAGUGGAUUAAGGUCAAUCGCUCAAGGAUCGGCAAACAAUGCUCACAUUUCCGUGGCUAAGCAAAAUGCUGCGGUCCAACAGGCAGUCUACAUUGCCAAAAGCACCUUAGCACAACAAGCCACCCAAGCAGCUGCAACAGCCCAUGCUGCAUUAGCGGCUAAGGAAAUUCUUCUACAUGGAUUCGAGGAAGAGGUCACGAAUGCCCAUCAUGCUCUCGAGGCCGAAAUCAAGCACUAUCAACUAGCAAAGAAUUUUGCAGAUGCAGCCAAAGAGGCUACAGAGGCCGCAGAAAAACAUUUUGCCUUGUUAUCUUCUGCCCUGAGUAAUGCCAAUACAGCCAUUGAACACUCCAAAGCGACCGAAGAACAAGCAGGAGCUGAACUCGUCUCACAGGUAUCUAUGGUGGAUAAGGCAAAAUCGCGUCUAUCAGCAGCAAUCAGCCGUCUGCAGAAGGCUCAAGUUGAGUUCGAAGCAACGAAGGAAGCGGUCAACAAAGCCUCAGCGGCGGCUCACGAAGCUCAUGAAAACGCCUCCAACGCGGCUGAUGUUGCCACACAUGCCUUGUUAGCAAACGCAGGUGAGUUACAUCUCUCUAGUACGGAGAACUCAUUAAAAGCAUAGAAAGUAUCUAGUCUGCAUUGCCAUAAACAUUCAAUACUUUAAGAUAGAUUAAAAUAACGUUAAUCACCUGUGUCACUGUUAGGAACUUAAUAUUCUGUUUGAAUAAAUUUAAAUAAAAUUUACAUAAAUUAA